GUAUAACUUGUGAGCUUGUCAAACCAUUUCCGCCUAAACUCAUUUGCAGUGGAGACAUUAAAGCGCCACAGGUCGCCCUGUUACUAGCUGGAUCCAAUGCAGGCGGUAACAGCAGAUUCAAGGAUGCCAGAUCCCAUCCCAGAAAACCUUGGCACUGCUGAAGGCCUCAAGAGAAGCCCCCUAAAGGUGGAGGUUCUUGAGGAAUUUGCCCAUAACAUGGCAGACAACAUAAUUCACUCACUGAUAAGUCAAAUGGACAUGCUGGAACUGGAGGGUUCCACUUCUAAUCAAGACCAGGAGAUGUUAGCUGAAGAGCUAGCGUCAGCAGUGAUUGAGAUUGCCCUGAGGGAAGUGUGUGGAGGUCAAAAUGCUGAUGAUCAUUUCGAGGGGUCUUUUGCAGGCAAAUCUGUAAAAGAAAAAUAUUCACUGGGCACACAGGUGGAUCCAGUUAAAGAAUGCCAGACUUCCAGAGAUGCCCAGUUCUUCCACCCUCCUCUCUCCCAGUCAGGGCUUCCCUUAGUGGGAUCACUUGACUACCCCGAUGCCCCUCCAACUACCCCUCUCAUCCCUGAGCUUGAGAGGAGCAGGCACAGCUUUGCCCGAAAGCUGAAAGGAGGCCUGGCACAGGUUUUCCUGCCUUCGCCUCCUCCGCCAACUCCUAAGGACAAAGAGGACAACUUGGACGAAGCUGCCAGCGACCCUCAGAUGGAGUUAAUGGAGCAUCUGAUGCAUUCACUGUCCACAGAUGGUUUAGCAAGGGACAAAUUUGAUGGAGGACCUCACCAUAGAGCAAGUACGGAAGCGUUUGCAGAGGCUCUGUCAUGUGAUAUCAUAGACUGGGUUUUGAAUAACAAAAUCAGUGAGCAGAUAGCAGACCAUAGAGAUCUUCAUCUACUAGCUCAAGAACUGGCUGGUACCAUUAUCACUUCCUCCCUUGAUAAAGCUAAAACGCUUGUCUAGCAGUUUGAUAUGAUCAAUUGGUUCACAUCUGCCAGACUGAUGUGGUUUACUGUAAUAAGACUGGUUUGUUGUUUUGACAUUAUUUUUCUAGUCGUCUUUAGUAAACCCAACUAGCUUUUAUACAUGUGCUACUUUAUGAUUAUACACAAUUUAAUUGAAAUUUAUGAAGUUGCAUUUUAGAUAUUUAUUUAUGAAUAUGAACUAUGUCGCAAUGGCAAUAACUGUUUAUGUCCUUUAGAUGGCAGCACAGGAGAGAGCUUCCUGCAUGUUUACACCAUGAGGUCAGCAAGGUUAAAAUAUAUGGGUGCAUAACAGCUGGGGUUAAUUCAGUUUUCCAUCACGGAAAAACUAUUUGUCAUAUAUUAGAAUGUGAAUUCGUGGAAGCCUUAACUUUGAUUUGUCUGUGUCCAUAACUCAAACCAUAGAAUAAAGACUAAAUCCAUUGUGAGCUGAUGUAUCUAUAACUACACGCAAAGCUGCACUGUACAUGAACCUGUAUGACACCACUUUAUAAUUAAUCCUAGGAAGUUGAUUGGUUAGCUCUCUCUUUGUAAUCAACCUCGCAAUUUUUAUUGUUGCAGUGUGAUUCAUUCCUCCCCUAGACUGAACAGAAUUUGGCAUUUGGGAUGAAUUUGUGUUUUGGCUCGAAGAGCACUCCUUUUCAUAGUCGCUUUACUUGUUGAGGUCAGAUCCGGAAGAAGAGGGAGACACGGUUCUUAACUAAACAGUGAUGUGAUCCUGAAAAGAAAUAAAAUCCCUGCCAAAUUCACAGGGAAAAGAGCUUUGCUGAACUUUUACCGAGCAGUUUUGAAUGAAGAGUUUUAUUGUUCUUCUUAGUCAUCACAUUUUCUGUUGCACACACACAAAAAAAAAAAAAAAAAAGCUCAGCUAGACACAAGAUUUGGGGUGCACACGAAAAAAUUUUUAAGAAAGUGAAGCGGGAGUGAAGUGAGUGGGAGAAAAACAAUCCUCUGUGACUAAGCUCGGUGGAUUCCAGAAUAGUGAUUUUGAUGCUUUGUGCGGCGUCUCAGAUCACUGUCAUCUUGGCAGUGCCUGAUGACAUCAUCAUUCGUCUGUUCAACAACAGAGGCCUGGCUAAUACCAGUGUGGAGGGUAUGAGCACAAGAGAAGAGAUAAAAUGACAUAAAAAGGGACUUAACCACUGAAAUUAUCUGGUUGAAACUUCAUGACCUCAGUUUUACUUUCACUGAAAUUUUAAAAGUAAAACAUGAGACCAUCCAGUUGUUAAUGUUCUUCAGACAGACCCAGGAGUGGUUUAAGGGAGCAAGAAUCAUUCGCUUUCAGUGUCAGAUAAAGUUGUGUAUUGUCUGCAUAAAAAUGGAAUGAGGUACUGCUUUUUCUAAGAAUGUGGACUAAUGGGAGUAUGUACAGCGAAAAUAAAGAUCGACUUGACAAUAGAUCCCUGGGGGACUCCACAUGGCAGAUGCUGACAGAGAAACUCCUGUCGGAUAGGUAGGACCUGAACCACUACUGAGCCUGUAAUGCUCACACAGUGCUCCAAAUGAGUUAAAAGGAUCCUGUGACCCACAGUGGCAAAAGCAUCAGUGAAUCCAGUCUAAGGAAUAAAA